AUGGGUGCUGGUUCGGGAGCAGGUACAGGUGCUGAGCUGAAUGCAGGUCCAGGGGCAGGGCUUGGAGCAGGCACGGGAGCAGGACUGGGAGCAGGGACGGGGGUAGGGCUGGGAGCAGGCACGGGAACAGGGCUGGGAGCAGGCACAGGAGCAGGACUGGGAGCAGGGACGGGGGCAGGGCUGGGAGCAGGCACGGGGGCAGGGCUGGGAGCAGGCACGGGGGCAGGGCUGGGGGCAGGCAUGGGGGCAGGGCUGGGAGCAGGCACGGGGGCAGGGCUGGGAGCAGGCAUGGGCCCAGGGCUGGGAGCAGGCACGGGGGCAGUGCUGGUCGCUGCCGCCGCCGCCGCCCCCGCCGCUCGUCGCGCUGUUCACCCUGCCAGUAGUCGUGUCGCGGCAGCCGCUACGCUCGACGGCAGUGCUGCCGAGCCAUCAUCGAAGCGCGCCAGGCUCUCCUGCCCGUAUCACGACCACGAGUCCGCCGCGUCCGCCCGCGGCUCUGAUUCGUGCUCGUUCUGCGCAUCUGCCGCCGCGAUUCCAGGGAAAUCUUCCGAGGAUCACCCCGCCGGAGCUGCUGCCAUCUGUCACGCCACGAUUGGUCGAUUUGCAACCCUUUCGAUGGGGAUGGGGCCAGGGGGCGGUGCUGCGGAUUCUGCAGGAGAAGAGCAAGUAGGGAGGAGUUACCAGCCGUCUGAUCGCGACCGGCUCGGAUCCAAGGGUCAGAUUCGCACGGUGGAGUUUAUCCGCCUUGUAGAGCAAUCGCUGCGUUCGCUAGG